AUGAUACUUCGGAAAAAAUCAUUCGGAGAAAACCUCCAAGAUCGUUGUAAUGAUUUCCCAGAGGCAAAAUACAUUGGAGCAUUCUUUGGCACAGAACCUGUACUUAUACCCAAGGAUCCAGAAAUAAUUAAAUUGAUUGUGACCAAAGAUUUUUAUUACUUUAAUGGAAGGGAGUUAUCUAAAUUCAACCAUUUGGAGCCGGCUGCUUUAAAUCUCUUCGCGACAUAUGGGGACAACUGGAGAGUACUCCGUCAGAACAUGACUCCACUGUUCUCAUCAGCGAAAAUGAAGAACAUGUUUCACCUCAUUGACAAAUGCUCGUGUGUUUUCGAAGAAAUGUUGGAUCGCGAAAUUAAAAUUUCGAACGAAUUAGAAGUUAGAAGUAUGACGUCGAGAUAUACAAUGGAAUGUAUCGGAGCUUGUGCGUUUGGUGUCGACACAAAUACUAUGGCUGAAGGAGUAGAAGAAAAUCCUUUUAAAAAAAUUGCAGCAUUUGUGGAGCCCCCGACUUACUUAGUUUAUGUGAGAAUGGUUCGUUCGAUUUGGCCAUCGCUAUUUUAUUUAUUCGGGGGACGACUAUUGACAAAGCAGUUGGAAUUUUUUGACAAUCUCAUUACUUCUGUCAUGUCAAAACGUGAGUACAAAUCUUCUGGAAGACAUGAUUUUGUAGAUCUUGUAAUGAGUUGGAAGCAGAGUCAUCAAAUAGUGGGCGAUAGUAUAAGUAAUAUGGUGACUGGUGACCACAAAAAAGUGACAUUGGAGGCAAACGAUGACCUAUUAGUUGCUCAGUGUUUUGUUUUCUUCGCGGCUGGGUUUGAGACAUCAUCGACUACUUUGAGCUACACUCUGUAUGAAUUGGCAAAACAUAAAGAUAUACAGGAAAAAGUAUUGCAUGAAGUCGAUGCGUAUUUAGCUCGUCAUGGGAAUAAGCUGAAUUAUGACUGUGUUACGGAACUUCCUUACUUGGAUGCAGUUAUAGAUGAAACUCUACGUUUUUACCCGGUCCUUGGAAUAAUCCCGCGAGAGCUGAUGGAAGACUACAUAAUGCCUGAUGGUACGAAGUUAACUAAAGGUUUACGUGUCCAUUUACCUGUGUUCUAUCUGCACCAUAAUCCAGAGAAUUAUCCUGAACCUGAAGUGUUUCGUCCAGAAAGAUUUCUGGGCGAGGAGAAGCGGAAUAUAAACCCAUAUGUAUACCUGCCAUUUGGAGAAGGACCUAGAACUUGUAUCGAAUCAGAGUUCGAUAACACCGGAUAA